AUGGCGGUGGUGGAGGCGCGGACGGCGGCGACGUCGGCGCGCGAGGCGUUUCGCGCGCGCCGGCGGCCGCGGAAACCGUCGGCGGAGCGAUUGGCCGAGCUCGACGCGAGCGUGGUAGAUUUGCGAGCGUUUCGCGCGAUGCGUCCGCCAGGGGUGGACGCGCGGGUGUGGAUGACGGUUGGGACGAUGGAGGUUCGGGACGCGACGCGGAACUGGAUGCGCGCGUCGGCGAAAGCGGGCGCGCUCGUCGACGCGGGCGCGCUCGUUGUGACGCUGGACGUGCAUUCGGAGAGACCGUUCCUGAAGUGGUGCGAGAACGAAGCGGUCGCGGUGCGAGAGGAGGUUGGGGUGACGGUGACGUGCGUCGAAGGUGGGCGAGUGCUAACGAAUCAGACGGAUCAGAUGAGGCUGGGCAUCGAUAGCUUUCGAGAGAAUCGUGAUUCUUUCAACGUGCUCAUGCGAGAAAAGGUCAAGUGUUUAAAGGCCAUCUUGGAAAAUGGCUACGAUGUGGUGUUCAGCGACGUGGACGUAGCAUGGAUGCGCAAUCCUUUGGAUUAUUUCAACUCGGGCCAACUCGCCGACGUGGACGUAGCGGUGAGUUCCGACGCCAGAUAUCACUUCGACGGUGAGAUAUUCGCACGAGAGGAAAUGCGACGACCGGGCCAUGGACUCAGCGUGUGGGCAUCCGCUUUAGACGACUGGGAGCGAGAGAGUAGAUACGAUCAAGAUGUGAACGUAGGAAUCAUGUUUUGGAGGUGCACGAAAAAUGCGUUGGAGCUCGCGGGCGAUUGGGUUCGAAGAAUGGACGAAUCGAAAGAUAUAGAUCAGAUAUGUUUCAACCACCUGAUACGGACAAGAGGUGUUGGGAAUGUCAGAUCUUUCUGCGUCGAGGAAGUAUCCGAAGAUGCGACGAAGACGUGCCUCUCUUCACUCUCUUUGAAUGGCUGGUUAAAAGACGCUUUCGCCAGGAAGAGCGACGAAGAAAAAAAAGCGAUAGACUUGGAAGGCGCUUGUCCGCAAGACGCGUGUAAAAGGGGAACGGCGGAUUCCGACCUAGGUGGUGAAUUUGCAAAGGAUUAUCUCAAAGGGUAUCGCCCGUACUAUCACUACGGGGGGCUUUCUGGAAGCGUUCGUGUCGCCGUACUCCCGACGCAACUCUUCGGGAACGGCAUCACAUACUAUAACUUUGGACCUAAAUUAUCUCCUGACGCGUUCGCGGUUCACAACACGUUCGUAUACAGCGGAUUCGCUGGUAAGAUGUGGAGGUUUCGUGAGCACGGUUUGUAUGAGAACGAGAGACAGGAAGACUACCUGACAGAUGCGAGUAUAGAUGCCAAAGUUUUAGUAGUCCGUUGGGACCUGCCAAAGAAUAUUGUUGCCGAUAUUCUGAGCGCACGGUCAACGGAACGGUCAGAGGUACCGCAUGGACAUCUUCGAGCACUCACAUGGCAGAUGAACCGCGUGCGAGAUGCGAUUGCCAUCGCUCGCGUCACGGGACGCACGCUAAUAAUACCACAAUUUACUUGCGGCUGUUCUCGACACUUUCAUUACAUGGAUAACUGUACGGUUGGCGGUACGCCUUUACCGCUCGCAUGUCCGCUUGAUCACGUGAUGUUACCACACAUGUUUGCCAAAAGUAACAUUCUGGCUCGAGAGGCGUCGUACUUUCAGAACCGCAUCAAAGCCGGGCUUGCGGCGUUCACCGAUCCGGCGCCGCGCGUGGCCGUUUGCUCGGAAAACGUCAUCGAGAAGACAUGUGCGGAGCGCAUGCCGAAAGUGAACGGCAUCAUAACCAACACCGCCGGUUUCGUUCCCACGGAUACACCGAUAGAUUCCUCGCCGGUGAGCCCAGAUCGAAUCCUUCGUUCGCCGUUCGCCGCCGCUGACGUCCGAAACGCCUUCAGCAGUCUGAGAGACGUUCCUGUUGUCGUCGUCGACGGUCUUGGCGCCGAUGGCCAAGUCGUCGAUUUCAAAACGUUCGACACCGAGGAUGAAAAUGAGCGCUUCGAUGCCGACAUUAGAGGCUCGACGCACGAGGCGUGCUGCUUUGUCAACGGCACGCGCGCGCACUUGCCGGAACGCUUAGCAGCAGCUGCAACGUUGUAG